AUGGGCAAUGCUAUUGACCAACAGAAGCCCGGGAAACGAAGCCAUCUGUGCCGCUGGAAGCAAGACUCUCAGCGUUCUCACCUCUCCUCCUUCACCAUGAAGCUGAUGGACAAAUUCCACUCACCCAAAAUCAAGAGAACACCGUCAAAGAAGGGAAAACCAGCUGAGGUGUCUGUGAAGAUUCCAGAGAAGCCACUGAACAAAGAGGCAACAGACAGAUUUCUACCAGAGGGCUACCCUAUCCCCUUGGAUCUGGAGCAGCAGGCAAUAGAAUUUAUGUCCACCAGUGCUGUGGCUUCCAGGUCUCAAAGGCAGAAGAACCUGAGCUGGCUUGAAGAGAAAGAAAAGGAAGUUGUCAGUGCCUUGCGCUACUUUAAGACCAUCGUGGACAAAAUGGCAAUUGAUAAGAAGGUAUUGGAGAUGCUUCCAGGGUCAGCCAGCAAGGUGCUGGAGGCCAUCCUACCCCUGGUGCAGAGUGAGCCUAGGAUUCAACACAGCUCAGCCCUGUCCUCCUGCUAUAGCCGAGUUUACCAAAGUCUUGCCAACCUCAUUCGUUGGUCUGACCAAGUGAUGCUAGAAGGUGUGAACUCAGAAGAUAAAGAGAUGGUGACAACUGUGAAGGGGGUCAUCAAAGCUGUACUGGAUGGAGUGAAGGAGCUGGUCAGACUCACCAUUGAAAAGCAGGGGCAUCCGUCUCCAACAAGCCCAGUGAAGCCUAGCGCCCCGGCCUGCAGACCUGAUGGCCAGUCAGAGCUUCCCCUGACAGAUCGAGAAAUGGAAAUUCUUAACAAGACAACUGGGAUGUCACAGUCAACUGAGAUGCUCCCAGACUCCACAGAUGAAGAGGUUGCGCCUCCCAAGCCCCCUUUACCUGGAAUCCGGGUGGUGGAUAAUAGCCCUCCACCAGCAUUGCCACCUAAGAAAAGACAGUCGGCUCCAUCCCCCACCCGAGUGGCUGUAGUGGCCCCCAUGAGUCGAGCUACCAGUGGCUCCAGUUUGCCUGUUGGAAUUAAUAGGCAGGAUUUUGACGUUGACUGUUACGCACAGAGACGGCUGUCAGGAGGCAGCCAUUCGUACGGCGGAGAGUCCCCUCGCCUUUCCCCAUGCAGCAGCAUAGGCAAGCUCAGCAAAUCAGAUGAGCAGCUGUCCUCUCUGGACAGGGACAGUGGGCAGUGCUCCCGGAACACAAGCUGUGAAACACUAGAUCACUAUGAUCCCGACUACGAAUUCCUCCAGCAAGACCUCUCUAACGCAGACCAGAUACCUCAGCAAGUGGCCUGUAACCUUAGCCCAUUGCCAGAAUCUUUGGGGGAGUCUGGAUCUCCAUUUCUUGGCCAUCCUUUCCAGUUGCCUCUUGGCAGCUGUCUCCAGCCAGAGGGACAUUUGGCCCUGGGGCAGCAGACAGACACGCCACCUGCUCUCCCAGAGAAGAAGCGCAGGAGUGCGGCCUCCCAGACUGCAGACAGCUCUGGCUGCAGGGUGUCCUACGAGCGGCACCCUUCACAAUACGACAACAUCUCUGAGGACGACCUGCAGAACCCAGCCUCAGUCCAGUCUAUCCCCUUCACGCCCUUUGCUGCUGUUCUCCCUUUUCAACAAGGAGGGUCCUCAGCCCCUGCCGAGUUUGUGGGUGAUUUCACUGUUCCGGAUUCAACGGGUGACCCAGAAAAACCACCUCCUCUACCAGAGAAGAAAAACAAACACAUGCUGGCCUACAUGCAGCUGCUGGAAGACUACUCGGAGCCCCAGCCCUCCAUGUUCUACCAGACGCCACAAAAUGAACACAUUUACCAGCAGAAGAACAAGCACCUCAUGGAAGUGUACGGCUUCAACGACUCCUUCAGCAGCGGAGACUCUGCACAGGAGCUGGCACCGCCCCCCGCCCUGCCCCCCAAGCAGCGGCAGCUGCAGGCCUCCUAUGCUGCUUCUUCCCUCUCCUCUGUCUCCUACUGUGUCCAGCAAACUAAAGUGACCUUCACACCUGAGGACGGCAGUGCCACUCAGGGCAUCAGUGUGUCCGUCUCUAACUCCUUUCUCAGCCGGCACGGCAACUUACCUGUGCCCUCGUAUAAAUCUGUGUUUAGGUCCUACUCCCAGGAUUUCGUGCCUCACAACCAAGCUUCCGUUCAACCUUUCCUUCCGUCUACCUCCUCUUCCUCUCCACAUUUCCCGCCUGUCCACCAGUCUCAGAGCUCUGACUUAGUGGUGCCAGCUGUAGCCAGCCCGCCUUCCAACACCGUGGACGGGCCUCUUUCAUCCUCUCAGGAGAGCAGCUUUCAUGGGAACACUGUCUGCCUUCCUCCCGAAACCUCUUUCACUGACUCGCCCCAGACGCCUUUGAGUGAAAACACCAGUGAGGACGCUGGUGAGAGAGAAUACGUCAGUCUGUAUUCCUCUGACCAAAGCAUCGAGGCGCUCCCUCUCUCUCUAGGAGAAUCACCAGCUAUGAAAGACGGCCAUCCCAAAGAUUCCUCCUCAGUGGGCAGUGCACCUGGAAAGGAAAAGAGAGAAGGCGGUGAAAGGACACCAAAGUCACCAGAUGCUCUGGAUGUAACUCAGUCAGAAGAGGAAGUAGACGAGCUGUCCCUGAUUGACCACAGUGAAAUUAUGGCAAGGUUGACACUCAAGCAAGAGGGUGACGAUGGACCAGACGUCCGUGGAGGGUCUGGGGACAUCUUACUGGUCCAUGCUACUGAGACAGACAGGAAAGACUUGGUGUUGUACUGUGAAGCCUUCCUGACGACCUACCGGACCUUCAUCACCCCUGAGGAGCUCAUAAAGAAGCUGCAGUACAGGUAUGAGAAGUUUUCUCCCUUCGCCGACACGUUCAAGAAGCGCGUUAGCAAGAACACAUUCUUCGUGCUGGUGCGUGUAGUGGAUGAGCUGUGCCUAGUGGAGUUGACCGAAGAAAUUUUGAAGCUGCUGAUGGAACUGGUCUUUCGCUUGGUGUGCAAUGGGGAGCUUAGCCUGGCCCGUGUGCUCCGAAAGAACAUCCUCGACAAGGUGGACCAGAAGAAGUUGCUAAGGUGUGCCAACUCCGACCAGCCCCUGGCCGCCAGGGGAGUAGCAGCCAGGCCAGGGACCUUGCAUGACUUCCACAGCCAUGAAAUAGCAGAGCAGUUGACACUCCUAGAUGCUGAGCUCUUUUAUAAAAUAGAGAUCCCUGAGGUUUUGCUUUGGGCCAAAGAGCAAAACGAGGAGAAGAGCCCCAACCUGACGCAGUUCACUGAACACUUCAACAACAUGUCCUAUUGGGUUCGCUCAAUCAUCAUGUUACAAGAAAAGGCCCAGGACAGAGAACGGCUGCUUUUAAAGUUCAUCAAGAUUAUGAAGCACUUACGGAAGCUAAAUAACUUCAACUCCUAUCUGGCCAUUCUCUCUGCUCUGGACUCGGCACCUAUCCGCAGGCUAGAGUGGCAGAAGCAAACCUCAGAGGGUUUGGCGGAGUACUGCACGUUGAUUGACAGCUCAUCCUCCUUUCGAGCCUACCGGGCAGCCCUCUCAGAGGUGGAGCCUCCUUGUAUCCCAUACCUGGGGCUAAUCCUACAGGACCUCACCUUUGUUCACCUGGGUAACCCAGACUAUAUUGACGGGAAAGUGAACUUCUCCAAGCGGUGGCAGCAAUUCAACAUCCUGGACAGUAUGCGGUGCUUCCAGCAGGCGCAUUACGACAUCCGGAGAAAUGAUGACAUUGUAAACUUCUUCAAUGACUUCAGUGACCACCUGGCUGAGGAGGCCCUAUGGGAACUCUCGCUGAAAAUCAAACCCCGGAAUAUAACAAGGAGAAAAACAGACCGGGAAGAGAAAACCUAG